AGUUUUACCUCAGUUUUUUAACGUUGAUUCAAAACAUACACACAUCGAGGAUGAAAGUAUAUAUUUUGAUCUGGACAAUAUUAGCUCUAACGGCGGAUAUAAAUGGCUUGGUUUGUAAUCUUGAACCUUUUGUCCAAGGAUCAUGCCUGGAAUUGACAGACCUCUAUUCCUAUGUUGAAUAUAAAAACGAUUGUGUAUACUGGCAGGGAUGCCUUCUGAAUGGAAAUCAUUUUAGCAAAAAAGAGGAGUGCGAAGACAUGUGCAAGCAAUAACUAACUAGUUAACUAUUUUAAGAUUUGAGUAUUUUUUCAAUCUUGUAGAGCCCUCGUUUUUUGCAAACACAUUUUAAGUAUGUUAUAUCCAGAACUAAUUCUAUUAGUUGUCGAUACUACUAAAUGCAU